AUGCCUGAUGUCCUCAUUAUCAAUGACAAUGCUUCCUUCGCUUCAAGUGAUAUCUUGUCUACUCGGGAUCCGAUAGAGCAACCACGACAUUCACUUCGUCGAAGACACACGGUUUCCCAGCUCACAAGAAGGCUGUCUAAGAGAAUCUCUCAAACAAUUGUCAGACCUGGAGUUCAGGAACAUCAGCUGAGUGAAAAGAAUCUCAAGAACCUCAACGACACAACAAAUAUUGAUUCCCACAACAUAUGCUCGCCAGUUAAUCAGGCUCAUGAGGUUAAAAUAUGCGACCCUAUUCACGAAGACAUUGAAGAAUACCCUACUUUCGACGUGGAAGCAGCGAGAGAGAUGCGUCUUCGACAGUCAUACGCUACCUACUGUCAAAGCUUUACGCUAUCGGGGACAACAACGAAGAGUAGGAGGUUCGACUUAUCGAUGGGAAUGGACUGGGCAGAAGGACAUACUCGACCCCCUCAGGCGGAUCAGACUCGAAAAGACAACGACACAUCUGAAAUUCCGGGACCUUAUGCCAAUCCCGAGCACAUACCGGACCAUUUAAGGCCUAGACCUUGCACCGUCCCAUUCACAAUAUCAUGUCCGUCUACAGAUAUUGAUGAUACACCAAUAUCACACCCAGCAACAAUCGGAACCCCCUCUUCAGAAUGUCCAGUCACGGAAACAUCAAAGGUCGAUGAAGACUUCAAAAUAACACCCAACCCCAAUUACCCCAAACCACCGCCUUGCAUCAUCACCCCAACUGUCUGGAUGGAGAUACAGCGCGACAAGCGAGAACGCAAAGCAGCUCGACGGCAGAGACUCCUAAACCCCUUUCGGUCGUGGUUUAUGUCAAGCCGGCCCUCCUGGGGGCGGAGAUAUGGAGUUGUUGAAUAA